AUGGACGAGGAAAAGGACUUGCCGCUCGGAAAGGAGGAGAUUGAUGAAAGCCGGGAGGGCGCGUUCAAUACAUUCGACACUACCUCGUCCGAGGACUAUGCCCAGGAGCGAGCGGCAGUAUCGUCGGCAUACGAGAUGAAGAGCAAACUGAUUAACGAGUGCUUUCAGCAUGAGAUUGGCUAUGGAAGAUAUCAGUGGGGAGUCUUCAUGCUCACAGGUCUUGGUUGGAUGGCAGACAACAUCUGGUUCCAAGCUGUUGCUCUCAUCCUCCCACAGGUGCAAGUGGAGCUUCCGGUAUCCCACGUCGAAUAUGCCACUCUUGCCCUUUACGCAGGCCUUAUCGUCGGCGCUUCCACCUGGGGAAUUAUGGCGGACGUGGUUGGACGGCGGCUAUCUUUCAACAUUACGUUGUUCAUCGCAGGCGUCUUCGGCAUUGCUGCGGGUGGCGCGGACACUUUCACUCAGUUGGGUGCUUUGACUGCCUGUGUUGGCUUCGGUGUUGGCGGAAAUCUUCCUGUAGACGGCGCCAUCUUCCUCGAAGUCAUCCCUAAGACGCACCAAUGGCUUCUAACGCUACUGUCGAUAUGGUGGGCGCUGGGUCAACUCUUCGCUUCUCUCGUCGCAUGGCCUCUCAUCGACAACUUCUCCUGUGCAAGCGAUGCACAUCCUUGUCUGAAGGCCGACAACAUGGGUUGGAGGUACUCUGUAUAUAUCUUCGGCGGUAUCACAUUCGCGAUGUUCAUCGCGAGAUUCUUCCUGUUCAACCUACAAGAGUCCCCGAAGUUUCUCGUGGCCAAAGGCCGAGAUGAGGAAGCCAUCAAGGUACUCGAGUAUAUUGCGACGCGCAACGGUCGUAAGAUCUCUCUUACACUCGCGAAACUUGAGGCAGUCGGUGGCGUGUCCGAUCAUCCUCAGGGCUUGAGCCCCUUCCAGCUCAUCAGGCAUUCGCUAUCGUCAUUGUCUUUCGGUCAUGUAAAGCCGCUCUUCGCCACUCGUACUCUUGCUAUCAACACGAGCAUCACGAUUGCUCUAUGGGGUUUGAUUGGCCUCGCAUCACCUCUGUUCAACGGCUUCAUCACGCUCUACCUGAAAGCUCGCACAACUGGCAGCGGUAGCUUAAACGAAACGUACCUCAACUACUCCAUCAUCUCCAUCCUUGGUGCUCCCGGAUCUGUCAUCGCCUGUAUCAUCGUCGAUAGAACGCGACGCAGUCGGUCAGGCUUCGUUCUCGGCGGACGCAAGUACGCGAUGGCCUUGUUCACCGCUCUCACGGGGGUCUUCUUGUUCUUGUUCACGACGGCUACGAAUCAAGCGGGUGUAUUGGGAUACAACUGCGCCAGCACGCUCACCACGAAUGCCAUGUUCGGCGUCUUGUACGCGUACACUCCCGAGGUGUUCCCAGCGCCUCAUCGAGGGACCGGAGAUGGUCUUGCGAGCUCGACAAACCGGAUACUCGGCAUUCUAGCGCCCGUGAUUAAGAUCGCCACCACCAAAGGUGCAACCACAGUCGCAAAUACGAACGUACCGGUAUUUGUGUCCGCGAGCUUGUUCCUCGGGGCCAGCAUAUUGAUGCUCCUACUGCCCAUUGAGACCGCAGGAAAAGCCGCUCUGUAA